CGCAGGGGUGGAGCCUGAGCCGGGAGCCCUUGAGUUGCUCUCUCUCCCCGGAUGACGAGCGGCCGGAUAACAUGGAGCCGGGCAAGAUGGCGCUUCCUAAGAACGCUCCAAGAGAUGCCUUGGUGAUGGCACAGAUCCUGAAGGAUAUGGGAAUCACAGAGUACGAACCAAGAGUUAUAAAUCAAAUGUUGGAAUUUGCUUUCCGAUAUGUGACUACAAUUCUGGAUGAUGCAAAAAUUUAUUCAAGCCAUGCUAAGAAACCUAAUGUUGAUGCAGAUGAUGUGAGACUAGCAAUCCAGUGUCGUGCUGACCAAUCUUUUACCUCUCCUCCCCCAAGAGAUUUUUUACUAGAUAUUGCAAGGCAGAAAAAUCAAACCCCUUUGCCACUGAUUAAACCAUAUGCAGGACCUAGACUGCCACCUGAUAGAUACUGUUUAACAGCUCCAAACUAUAGGCUGAAGUCCUUAAUUAAAAAGGGACCUAACCAAGGAAGACUAGUUCCACGGUUAAGUGUUGGUGCUGUUAGUAGCAGACCUACCACUCCUACUAUAGCGACUCCACAAACAGUGUCUGUCCCAAAUAAAGUUGCAACUCCAGUGUCGGUGACAAGCCAAAGGUUUACAGUACAGAUUCCACCUUCUCAAUCCACACCUGUAAAACCAGUUCCUGCAACAACUGCAGUUCAAAAUGUUCUGAUUAAUCCUUCAAUGAUUGGGCCCAAAAAUAUUCUUAUUACCACCAACAUGGUUUCGUCACAGAACACAGCCAAUGAAUCAAACCCACUGAAGAGAAAACAUGAAGAUGACGAUGACAAUGAUAUUAUGUAAAGAAUGUAGUCUAGUUGCAUUUCAAAAGUAUAGGUGGUUUUGAGCACCAUAUAGUGAAUUAGAAUAUUCUAGACCUGUUUUAGCUUUAAAAAUUUAAAUGUAGCUGCAAUAUUUUUUGCAUUAGUUAGAAGUGUUUGCUUUCUUUAGCAAAAGUACAAAUUUGUUUUUUCAUUAGGCUUCAAGUACAAAAAAUACUUAUUUCUUAAUAGCUUCAUUAAUAUUGAGUGCUACUAUGGCAGUUCUAUUUUUGGAGCAUUUUCUACCUUGUAUCACUGACAGCAGCAAUUAAGUUUCAGGUUCUACAGCCUGGUCAUUAGACUAAUCUUCAACAGCAUAUCUAAUCUACAUUUAGGUAAAAUAGUCACUUUUAUUUUCACUAGCUUUUUUGACCAAAUCUCUCAGUUUAAGAAACAUUUUUUGGAAAGGAUGGAUUUAGAGGGAUUCUAAAUCCAUUUUGAAUGUAUUUGUUUUUUGGUCUUCCCUAAUUUCCCAACUCCUCCACUCCUCUUUAGAUCCAUUCAUUUUCUGUGCCCCCCCCCAUAGGCUUUAAGUUUCUCCCCUUGCUCUUAAAUAAAAGGCCAUAACUGGAAUUUUUUAAAAUCUCAUUCCUGAUAGUAUCAAUUUCAUAUUUUUUAAACCAUGCUCUACAUGCCUGAUGUUGUUUCACUUUAACCUGAGAGUUUGCAUUUGCUCUUAAUUUUUCACUCCAUACCUGAGCAGUUGGGUUUCAUCCCUUGCCUUUCAUGCCUGUUGAGCUUUACCAUGCUUUUGACAGGUAGUUUUGGGUCAGUUAAUGACAUUCAGUUUCAGUCUUGUAUUCCGUUAAUAACUUCACCAUGCUGUAGCUUAAAAUCUGCUUUAUUUACACUGGGCCUAGACAAAACCACUAAAGAACAAGUGUUUUUUUUCCUUUCUACCAUAUGUGUAUGUUUUGAUCACUACUGCUUGAACUCUCCUGUUGGUAUAAUUCAGAUCAUUUCUUUAGAUUAUUGCUGAGGAUGUCACACAUAAGAUGGGAUCAAACCUGAAAGUAGACACUGAUGGUUCUCCGUCUUCUAUAAGGCCAAAAGGAAAACAAAUUAUUGUGAUGUGACUUGCAUUUAGGUGCACUCUGCAUAGGUUCCUCAGGAAUAUUGUAAUGUUACUGAAUAUCUUUCCCUAUUUUCCAUUUACACAAGCCUAAAAAUUGUAUUGGGAAAGAUUACAAAGCUUUUGACAAUAUAAACAGAACUGUUUUGUUUUUGUUUAGCUUAAGUAAGUUCAACAUACUUGACACACUUUUACAGAAUCUUCUAAAAUAAACUUUCAUACAAUAAUUUAGAAUUUGUAGGCAAGGAUCUUCAACACUUAAAUGUAAGUUUCAUCUUAGGUUGGUGCUUGAUAUAUCUGAGAAAUAGUCCAAUAACAGGGAAGAAAUGUCUCAUCACAGUUUGAGUGUUUUUGGAUAUCAGGGAAAGGUGACAUAAAAACAGAUAAAACAUGAAAACAGAUCUGAUCAACAUCAUAGGAGAGAAAUGAUCAUUAUGUAGCAUAGGAUAUCAUUACUUGAAUGUUCUCAGGGAGGCUGCAUGUCAGAAGGCUUAAGUUCUAGUCCUGGCUCCAUCAUUUAACAACUGUGUGACGUUACUUCACCUCUUAGCCUUGUUACUAGUAAUAGGAAAAUAACACCUACCCUGCCUACCUCACAGGGAUGUUGUGAGGGUAUAAUUGGCAUGUAUAUAUGAAAGUUCCUUCAAAACUCUAAAAUGGUAUAUAAUUUAAAAGAAUUAUGUAUUUGUGCCAAUGUUAAUAAAAAUUUGAGCUUA